GAGUUUUCUCGGGGAAGAAAACACACAAUACUCUUUUGUUGCUUUCUGCUUAAUGGAAGGCCCUUAACCCUCCCUCCCUCCCCCUCUCUCUCUCUCUCUCUCUCGUUCUCCCUCCCCAAAUCAUCACCCUUCUGAUCUUCCCUUCUGAUCUACAGCUUCUUCUAGGGUUUAAAACAUUUUGAUUAGAUUGUAUAGAUAUUUCAACUUUGAAGUUCAAUGUCACCUCCACUGCUGAAUUCUGUAGAGGAGGCUCUUGGCAAUGUCCCUGUAGUGGCUGCUUCACCUUCUAUGGACUGUCAUUCCCAAAAUGGUACCAAAUUUAGAGAGCGGAACUACCUCCGGCUAUCACCCUGUUCUUCGGUGGACAGCUCUGCGGUGUCUAACUUGUCAGAGGAGAACAAAAGCAACCUCAAUUUGAAAGCUACCGAGUUGAGACUUGGUCUACCUGGAUCUCUGUCACCUGAAAGAGAUCAGGAAUUUACCUUGAUAAGCUCUGGAGAACCUGAUGAGAAAACUUUACUUCAAUUGCUUCCUUCAACGGAUGGGUAUAGUGUGGCAUCACAGAAGAAUAUUAUUGCUGGCAGCAAAAGAGGUUUUUCUGAUACCAUGGAGGGGUACUCAGAGGUGAAAGGCCCCCUUUACACCGAAAGAAAUUGGAUGUUUCAUGCAGCCAGUUCGGAUCCUGAGUCUCCAUAUCCUGUGAGCCAAGGGAAGUUUCAUGCCAGUUCAGGUAUAAAUGCAAUGCUAUCGUCCAGGCCGUCUGGUUCCCAUCCAAAUGCAACCAAAGAAUUGCCCUCAAAGGGAUUGCAGGAAUGGCCCUGUGAGACUAAAGGAUCUGACAAUGGCAAUAAAGGUGCUACGAAUGACCACAACAAUGCUCCGGCUUCAAAGGCGCAGGUUGUUGGUUGGCCACCUAUUAAAUCAUUCCGGAAAAAUUCAUUGGUCACUAACUCUAAAAACAAUGAUGAAGUUGACGGAAAGCCAGGUUCAAGUGCUCUUUUUGUGAAAGUGAGCAUGGAGGGAGCUCCAUAUUUGAGGAAGGUAGAUCUGAGAACUUACUCUACAUAUCAGGAACUCUCUUCUGCCCUCGAGAAGAUGUUUAGCUGUUUUACUCUAGGUCAAUGUGGAUCCCAUGGAGUUUCUGGGAGGGAUAAACUGAGUGAGAGCAAGUUAAGGGAUCAUCUGCAUGGAUCCGAAUAUGUGCUUACAUAUGAAGAUAGAGAUGGUGACUGGAUGCUUGUUGGGGAAAUCCCCUGGGAGAUGUUCAUUGAUUCCUGCAAGAGGCUGAAAAUCGUAAAGGGCUCUGACGCAAUUGGUUUAGCCCCAAGAGCAACGGAGAUCCAAAAAUAGGAUUUUUAGCUAUUGCUGAAGUGACGACUCCUCUACCAAAAUUCAGAAUGGUGGUGUGAAGGAGAGAAAACGUAUAAGUUAAAAGAAGUUAGAAAAUGACUGCUGCGCAGGAUGGCAUUUGUGGUUCAGAUGCGUACCUUGUCCUUUUUCCAUGUUUUGACUCCCUGAAAGUUGUCCUCUUUCAUUUAUUUUUGUCUUUUGCCUUUGCUUUUGUAAACCAUAAUUUAGUCAUUUAUCAUAAUUGUUGUUUCUGGAUCUUAUAACCUUCUAUGAAUCUUAUCGUUCAGAUAAUUUGUAUUCAUCGAAUGCACCUGAUUAGAUCA